CAUUCGUAUUUCUCAAAACUCAAAAUUCUCAAAUUCGGAACCAAAAAAAAAAAAAAAAAAAAGGGUUUUUGAUUGCUUUUAUUUGGAUAUUUUUUCUUCCCCCUAAACAAUCUCUAGUUUCCUCUUUUUCAGUUUCAAAUUCCUCUACUUUCCCCUUCUUUCGGAUCCAAAUCAUCGAUCACUGCUCCUCAUAGAAAACCCUAACUCCCGUUUUGCGCUGCAGAAUUAUUGCCAUGGCUAAGAGUUCAUUCAAGAUGGAACACCCUAUUGAAAGGAGACAGGCUGAAGCAUCACGCAUUAGGGAAAAGUAUCCUGAUAGAAUUCCAGUAAGAUUUGGUUUCUGUUGUUUGUAUGUGACUGUCGGUCAGUUCGUGUAUGUGGUACGAAAGAGAAUCAAACUCAGUCCUGAGAAGGCCAUCUUCAUUUUUGUCAAGAACGUUUUACCUCCAACAGCGGCUAUGAUGUCUGCAAUAUACGAGGAAAAUAAGGAUGAAGAUGGAUUCCUGUAUAUGACUUACAGCGGGGAGAACACAUUUGGGGUGCUGAUAUGAAAUAUUCACUACCACCAUCCUUGUGAAUAGAACUGCCAUUAAAAAAAAAAACAAUAUGAAGUAGUUCAGUAGUUGCCUUAGUUGUAAAUUCUGUCAUUUUAACAAUUUCACGUAAAGUUUAUGAUCUGUUCCACGACACUCUUUAUGAAUGCUAUGACUAGAUUUAACUGGCUUUUAUGCAGUUAUGCUUCUACCUAAA